GUAAUAUAAUUGGUUCUGGGAUCUUUAUUUCGCCAAAAGGAGUUUUGGAGCACACCGGCUCGGUGGGACUCGCUCUUGUUAUUUGGGUGCUUGGCGGCGGGGUGGCUGCCCUUGGCUCGCUAUGUUAUGCCGAACUGGGAGUCACUAUCCCCAAAUCAGGAGGGGAUUAUUCCUACGUCACAGAGAUUUUUGGUGGGUUAGCUGGGUUCCUGCUGCUCUGGAGUGCGGUGCUGAUCAUGUACCCUACCAGUCUGGCUGUCAUUGCAUUGACCUUCUCAAACUACGUCCUGCAGCCCGUCUUCCCUAACUGUAUCCCCCCCUAUAAUGCCUCCAGGAUCCUCUCCAUGGUGUGUUUACUCCUCCUGACCUGGGUGAACAGCUCCAGCGUUCGAUGGGCAACGCGCAUUCAGGAUAUAUUUACAGCAGGAAAACUCUUAGCCCUGGCCCUUAUCAUUAUUGUGGGCUUCAUACAGAUCUUUAAAGGAAACUACGAGGAGCUGACACCAAGCAACGCAUUCAAUUUUUGGAUGACUCCAUCGGUGGGGCAUUUAGCAUUAGCUUUUCUUCAAGGGUCGUUUGCAUUCAGUGGCUGGAACUUCUUGAACUACGUAACAGAAGAACUGGUUGAUCCCCGCAGGAACCUACCUCGUGCCAUAUUCAUAUCCAUCCCAUUGGUGACAUUUGUGUAUACGUUCACCAACAUUGCAUAUUUCACUGCCAUGUCACCCCAAGAGCUCUUGUCCUCCAACGCUGUGGCGGUAACAUUUGGUGAAAAGUUACUGGGCUAUUUUUCCUGGGUUAUGCCAGUCUCAGUGGCCCUAUCUACAUUUGGAGGAAUAAAUGGAUACCUUUUUACCUCAUCAAGGUUAUGUUUCUCCGGUGCCCGAGAAGGCCAUUUGCCGAGUCUCCUUGCCAUGAUCCACGUCAAGCACUGCACGCCCAUCCCCGCCCUGCUCGUCUGCUGCUUGGCCACUCUUAUCAUCAUGCUCGUUGGAGACACAUACACGCUAAUCAACUACGUGUCAUUUAUUAACUACCUCUGCUACGGAGUGACAAUUAUAGGCCUGAUUGUGUUACGCUGGAAGAAACCCAAAAUCUUCAGACCUAUCAAGGUGAACCUCCUCAUCCCCAUCACUUACCUGGCAUUUUGGGCAUUUCUGCUGAUCUUCAGCUUAUACUCCGAGCCAGUCGUCUGCGGAGUUGGACUCAUUAUCAUUUUAACUGGUGUGCCAGUGUUUUUUCUUGGAGUCUACUGGAGAAAUAAACCAAAGUGUGUAAAUAGGCUAAUAG